UUUCAAUGUCGACUGAGGAUGAGAAUGAAACUUACAGGCUUUGGCGCAUUCGCAAAACUGUUAUGCAGAUGUGUCAUGAUCGUGGAUAUUUGAUUACUCAAGAUGAAUUGGAUCAAACUUUGGAUCAAUUUAAAGAAAUUUUUGGCGAUAGGCCAAGUGAGAAAAGACCAUCUAGAGGCGAUUUAACUAUUUUGGUUGCACACAAUGACGAUCCAACAGAUCAAAUGUAUGUUUUCUUUCCGGAGGAUCCAAAGAUUGGCAUAAAAACGAUUAAACAAAUUUGUCAACAAAUGCAAGAGCAAAACAUUACAAGAGCAAUUAUUGUUGUGCAUGUUGGUAUGACACCAUCUGCUAAACAAGCAAUUGUUGAUAUGGCACCAAAAUAUAAUUUAGAACAUUUUCAAGAAGCUGAAUUAAUGGUUAACAUAACUGAACAUGAAUUGGUGCCUGAACAUGUUGUGAUGAGUGCUGAGGAAAAAGCUGAAUUACUUGCUAAAUAUAAAUUAAGAGAUAGCCAACUUCCUCGAAUUCAAGUAAGUGAUCCUGUUGCUCGUUAUUUUGGUCUUCGUCGUGGUCAAGUUGUUAAAAUUAUUCGUCCAUCAGAAACAGCUGGUCGUUAUAUUACUUAUCGUUUAUGUUAUUGA